CGAUGAUCGGCCUCGCCUCGCCCUCGCUGACGCGCGGGAUAUGCGCCCCGGCGCGAUCCCUCGCGGCGCUGACCAGACGGCGUCUCGGGUCCGCGCGUAACGCGCGCGAUCGCGGGGCUCUGCAGAUCGUCAGCGAAGGCACCGGGCGGUUCAUCGUCGGCGGGAACUGGAAGUGCAACGGCGAUCGCGCCUCCGUGACCGCGCUCAUCGAGGCGUUGAACGGCGGCGACGUCGGAGACAACGUCGACGUCGUCGUCGCGCCGCCUUUCUUGUACGUCGACCAAGCGCUGAGCGAGCUGAAGUCGCCGAUGCAGGUCGCGGCGCAGAACGCGUGGGUGGAGUACACGCUCGAGGACGAGACGCAUCACUACGACUCCGACAGUGGGGCGUUCACGGGCGAGGUCAGCGCGGAGAUGCUCGAGGACAUGGGCGUGCCGUGGGUCAUCCUCGGGCACAGCGAACGCCGGACGCUCCUCGGAGAGGACGACACCAUGGUCGGGAAGAAGGUCGCGCACGCGCGGUUCCACGGCCUCAGCGUGAUCGUGUGCGUCGGCGAGUCUCUGGAGCAACGCGAGGCCGGCGCGACGAUGGACGUCAUCUUCAAACAGCUCAGAGCCGUCGCGGACGAGAUCGACGACCGCGAGCACUCGUCCUGGGGCUCGCAAGUCGUCAUCGCGUACGAACCCAUCUGGGCCAUCGGCACCGGAAAGGUGGCCACCCCGGAGCAAGUCCAAGCCGUGCACGCGGGAAUCCGGCAGUGGCUGAAGGACAACGUCAGCGAAGAGGUGUCCAAGGCGACGAGGAUUCAGUACGGCGGCAGCGUCAACGAGGGAAACUGCGAGACGCUCGCGAGGGAGAGCGACAUCGACGGGUUUCUCGUAGGCGGCGCGAGCCUGGACGCGACGAAGUUCGCGCAGAUUUGCAAAUCGAGCGCGGUGCACUACAAAGCCGUCGGGCGGGCGUAG